AUGUCCACAACAUCUUCAUUCCGUCCUAAGAAGUUCAACACUGAACUCACCGACUACUCAAAAUCUCACGGUGAGAGAUCAGGUCCAUACGCAGAUAAUCUUGAGGUUGAUGCGUUGAUCGUCGGGGCUGGUUUCGCUGGGAUAUUCAUGCUAAAGACUCUUCGGGAUCGUGGCAACAAAGCCGUCAUUUUCGAAGCUGGGAAUGACAUCGGAGGCACUUGGAGAUGGAAUUGUUACCCUGGGGCGGGUGUUGACUCCGAGGUUCCAGAGUACGAGUUUUCUUGGCCGGAAGUAUGGAAGUCAUGGAAUUGGACGUCGAACUAUCCAACCUACCAGGAUCUUCGGGCAUAUUUUGACCAUGUUGAUAAGGUGAUCGGUGUUAAGCAACAUUGUUCCUUCAACACGGUAGUAGUUGGAGCCAAUUUCGAUACGGCCACCGGCCAAUGGUCUGUUCGAACAGAAGAUGGUCGUAUUACGAAAGCGAAAUUCUUGAUUCUAGGCACUGGAUUUGCAGCCAGGCGAUAUAUUCCCGACUGGCCAGGUAUGAAUAAGUUCAAAGGUAUCAUCCACCACUCCUCGUUCUGGCCAGAUGAAGAGGUCAACGUCAAAAAUAAACGCUGCGCAGUCAUUGGCACAGGCGCAUCAGGCGUUCAGAUUGUCCAAGCAUGGGGCCCUUCAGCAGGUGAACUCCAUGUCUUCCAAAGAACUCCCAAUCUGGCUGUCCCAAUGCGUCGGAAGGCCAUGUCCACAGAGGACCAGGAGCGAAGCAAAGGUGUUUACCCCGAGCUUUUCAAACUUCGGGAGACAAGCUUUGCCGGAUUUCAUUAUGACUGGUAUGAGAAGAACACAUUCGAUGACACCCCCGAGGAGCGAGAGAAGUUUUACGACAAGGUGUGGCAAGACGGGGGUUUCAGAUAUUGGGUUUCUCUAUACAAGGAUAAUUUGUUCAGCGCAGAGGCCAACCAGCAGUCUUACGACUUCUGGGCAAAAAAGACCCGGGCUCGAAUUGGGGAUCCGAAGACGAGAGAAAUUCUUGCGCCACAGAAGAUGCCUCACUUCUUUGGUGUCAAACGCCCUUGUCUGGAGUACAAUUACUACGAACAGUUCAAUCGGGAGAAUGUGGACGUCGUCGACAUCAAGGAAAACGCCAUCAAAGAGUUCACUGAGACUGGAAUCACUCUCUCAGAUGGUACACAUUACGAACUUGACGUGAUUGCUGUUGCCACAGGAUUUGACGUUGUCACAGGAGUUAUGACACAGCUUGGAUUGGAAAGUAUUCAGAACACCAAGUUACAAGAAGAAUGGAACACCGGAGCGAAUACAUACCUUGGGACAACUGUCAGCGGCUACCCCAACAUGUUUCAUAUAUAUGGACCGCACGGCCCAACCUUGCUCAGCAACGGGCCAUCGACUGUUGAAGUUCAAGGCAGAUGGAUUGCCGACUUGAUUGACAAGAUGGAGCGACAGAACAUCAAAUAUGUGAACCCCAAACGUGAGGCAUCUGAGGAGUGGAAGAAACAUGUCGUGGAACUGAACGACAGAUCCUUGUUCCCAACAACUAGAUCGACGUACAUGGGAGGAAGUAUUCCAGGCAAGAUAUACGAGCCCGUUUGCUACUCCGGUGGCAUUCCAAGUUACAAGACUGAAAUCAGGAAGGCUUUGGAUACCAUGCAAGGUUUUGAGGUUGUAGCUAGGUGA